AUGCGUUCUACAAUCGCCCUUGCUUUGCUGCCUUUGGCGCUCGCCGCCCCCUCGAAGCGAGAUGUUCCCGCGCCCGUCAUCAAGCCGCGUGGUACUCUCGUCGAGGGCAGAUACAUCGUCAAGAUGAAGAGUGAUGCCGAAACUGAAGCUGUCGCGAAAUCCAUCAUGGCUAUUGCUAGCGAUGCCCACUACACAUACAACUUCGACGAUUUCCAAGGUUAUGCCGCUCCCAUGACAGCCGAUGAGGUCGAGGCUUUGCAGAACAACCCCAAUGUAGAGUGGAUCGAGCAGGAUGCCCGUGUCAGCAUCUCGGCCACCGUGACGCAGGAGGACGCCGACUGGGGCCUCGCACGGCUGUCCAACACCGAGCCGGGAAGCACCACCUACACCUAUGACGAGAGCGCUGGCGAGGGCACUUGCGCCUACAUCGUCGACACCGGUAUCGAUGUCACCCACCCGGAUUUCGAGGGCCGUGCUACGUUCCUUGACAACGAGGUCGACACCGACGACACCGACGGUCACGGCCACGGCACCCACGUUGCCGGUACUAUUGGCUCCCUCACUUACGGCGUUGCCAAGAAGACGUCGCUGUUCGCCGUCAAGGUUUUGAACGCCAGCGGUUCGGGCUCCAACGCCGGUGUCAUCGCUGGAAUGGAUUUCGUUGUCACCGACGCCAAGACGCGGGACUGCCCCAAUGGCGUCGUCGUUAAUCUCAGCCUCGGCGGUAGUUACUCCGCCUCAGUCAACGCCGCAGCAGCCAGCAUUGUCAGUGCCGGUCACUUCAUGGCCGUAGCCGCCGGUAACGAUGCUGCCGAUGCUUCCGACUCCUCUCCCGCAUCUGAGGCGUCCGUUUGCACAGUCGGUGCUACCGGUAUCGACGACGCGCUGGCCUACUACUCCAACUUCGGCUCCAUCGUCGACAUCCUGGCCCCUGGCACCGACAUCAAGUCCACCUGGCCCACUGACUCCACGAACACCAUCUCCGGUACCUCGAUGGCCUCUCCCCACGUCGCCGGCCUUGCUGCCUACUUCCUCGGCCUCGGCGCCACGACCGCCGCCGGUGCGUGCGAGUAUAUCGCGUUGGUUGCUCUCGAGGGCGUCAUCUCCGGUGUCCCCAGCGGCACCGUCAACCUCCUCACCAACAACGGCCUGGAGUCAUAA